GGCCAGGCCGAGGGCGUGCCUGGACUGAACGCCGUGCAGGCCGCCCUGGAGGAUAUGGGCGACAAGCCCCCUGGGUUCCGGGGCUCCCGGAGCUGGAUCGGCUGUGUGGAGGCCAGCCUCUGCCUCGCACACUUCGGAGGGCCCCAGGGGCGUCUGUGCCACGUGCCCCGUGGAGCGGGGCUUCACGGCGAGCUGCAGCGGCUUUACUCCCACUUCGAAAGGGGCGGCGGCCCUGUGAUGGUGGGAGGAGAUGCUGAUGCCCAGGCCAAGGCCCUGCUGGGCGUCUGCGUGGGGCCAGGCACCGAAGCCUACGUCCUGAUAUUGGACCCUCACUACUGGGGAGCCUCGAAAAACCCUAAAGAACUACAGGCUGCCGGGUGGGUGGGCUGGCAAGAGGUGAGCACCGCCUUCAAUCCCACCUCCUUCUACAACCUGUGUUUCACCAGCUGUAACUCUAAAAAGUAGCAGCACACCCAGGACUGAAACUGACCCCACACCUGUGCACCUACUCACUUCUCCAGUGUCCCAGCAAGGCAGAGGGAACUUCAGCAUCAAUAAAUAACAAGGCCCAGCUAACCAUGGUCCCAGCUGGUAUUUGGGAGGAUGUGAGAAGGUAUGCAAACACCUUGACUUUUAAGAGUCACUAACUUCAGUGCUUUUAUUGGCAGUAAACUGAACGUACAAAAAAAUUCUCAGCUGAUGGGAUGAGGCAGGCAGUAGAGUGGGGAAAAAUGGACUGCUCAAAAGAAAUCAACAUCAUCCGGGGCAUCCAGGUCACGAUAUUCUACAAUGGCCCUGGGGUCUCCCCGAACCAUCCUGUGAGAUAAAAGGCAAUGAGACCUGAGGGUCUCUGUGUGUGCUGGACACAAGGAUCUUGGACACCUCAUCCUGUCCUCACCUGCUGCGAGGUUUCCCAGGAUAGCCACCCUGGCCUCGGAAAGCAUCAUAGUUCCCUCUGCCGGCACCAUAUGGGGCAUGGGGGUAUGGAGGUCCUCCUGUUGGGACUGCAGGGCGCACAGCACCAGCUGUGAAAAAAAUCAAGUGUUCAGCCUAAGUCUCCUUCCUCCCAGCUCCACACAAUCACCAAGCCCUUUCACCCCCGCCCCCGCCAUGCUUACCUCCAUAGCCCAAAAUGGGGGGCCGGGGUUGGCCAUAGGGCAUCAGGCCCUGGGGAGUUUGGUGUGGGUAGGGGAGUCCCGGAGUCAGACCUGGGGGGAGUACAACACGGACAGGGACAUGAAUUACUGCGGGAGGGGUAACAAGUGACUACUUCUAAGGAAUAUGGCCUCAUUAUUCAGUAGAAACUUCUCAGGAGAUGACAGAAAGAGAAAGGAAUCCUGCAUAGUGAAAGAAAUGCACCAGACCCUCUCGGAUCGUAUCUUACUCUGGGCAGGGCCGGGUGGCUGGGCCGGCUUGAUCUCAGGCAGAGCUGGGCGUUUGGCAUCCGUGAGGAAGUUGUUAAAGAACGCCACUUCCUUCUUUACCUCCUCAAUCUUCUCUGCGUGUUUGUUGAAGAUAUGUUUGCGAACAAACUCAGGACCCUGGGUGGAGAGGAAAAGAUCAGGACAGAGCAAAUAACGUGAGCUCCCCCAAUUCCAGGUGGACAGCCUCCCCCUGCCAAGCCCCUGAGCAUUUUCCCAAGGCCCAAACCCGCCUCCCAACAUUCUAACAGGCCAGUUCUCUUAACAUCUGAGACCUUGAAUUUCUUGCCACUGAGUGGACAUAGCCACUUAUCCUUGCCCAGUUCCUGAGUGUUAGAGGUGACAAAUUUUUCCACUUCCUGCUCAGGAUCUUUGCGGCCCAUUUUCUGGGCUUCUUCCUCAGAGA